AUGUCAGUCUCUCAUUCGCAUCUUCCGCCCCGAAUUCUCCCAAUAGCUUUUCUUGUUUCACUCGGCGGAUCGUUCCACUUUGGAUACCAGCUUGUGAUCACAAAUCCCACGCAGGCGGUUUUCCUCGAUUUCGUCAAUCAAACCCACUACACGCAUUACGGGAAACGAUUGGAUAAAGGCACUUUAGAUAUAGUCUGGAGUGGGAUUGUUGCGGUGGUGUUUCUAGGGGCCCUCUUCGGGUCAUUCGCGUUGCGGAUCGUUGCGGAAAGAUUGGGUCGCAAGUCGGGUCUGCUCACCGGGAUCUCGCUUGCGCUUCUCUCGGUUGGGCUCUCGAUUUUCUCGCAUACGCUAUCUUCUUACGAAAUCUAUACGUUUUCCCGUUUUCUUCUUGGCGUCGCAAUUAGUGUCAAUAUGGGGCUAGGAGCGAUGUAUCUCGUCGAAAUCUGCCCGAAGGAAAGUCGUGGGAAAGUCGGCAUGAUGACCGGAUCUCUUGUGCAAGCAGGUACGGUAGCUGGUUCGAUCGUUGCUCUUCCUCAAGUUUUGGGCACUUCAUCUCUCUGGCCUAUGAUUUAUGUAGUCGAGCUUCUUUGCCUUGCUCUGCCAUUCUUUGCGCUCAUCUAUCUACCAGAAAGUCCAAGUUUCCUCGUCAAAAAGGGUGAGAUGAAAAAGGCACGUAAAGCGUUAGCGUAUUUCCAUUCGCUUUCCGAGGAUGAAGUCACCGAGCAAAUCGAUGAGUUGAGGAACGAACUCGAGGAAUCGAGUCAACGAAAAGUGGGAAUGAUCGCUGUUUUGAAGAAGAAAGGAUUGAGAAGACGGGUUUUCGUUGGAAUGAUUGUUGCCUUUGUGAUGGCAUUCUCGGGAAUUGCUGUGAUCAACGGCUAUGCGGUGGAGAUCUUGAUGAACACGGGGUUGAAUCGAUUGAACGCCUCGCUGGCCAAUCUCGGGUUUAACGCGUUGAGCAUGUUUGCAAUCUUUGGCGGCGCAAUGGUUGUCGACAAAUUCGGUCGUCGCCCGCUUCUCCUUUUCACAUCGACCGGCAUUCUUGUCACGAAUCUCAUCAUUGUCGCGUUGAUGUUCGCCUACGCAGGAACUGAGAAUCACAUCUACGGUUUGCUGCUAGUGAUCAUGAUUGGCGUGUUCACGAUUUUCUUCGCCGCUGGACCGGGUCCGUUGUGUUAUUUCAUAUCGGCUGAACUGGUGGACACACACGCGAGAUCCGGCGCACAAGCGUGGACAUCAGUUGUGCAAAUGGCGAGUCGAACCUUUCUGCUAUCAAUCUAUCUUCCGCUGAAGAAUUUGAUGGGAAAUUCCUCGACUUACCUUCUCCUUUUCGUUUUCCCCGUUCUCCUCUCGAUCAUCAUUCUCUACUUUCGAUUGCCGGAGACGAAAAAGAAAUCACCAAGCGAGGUCACUGAAGCCGAACAGAAAUUGCCAAAACUGUGGUGUUCGGGGGGAAAUCUCGAUGAGAAAACUCGCGUUGAGACGCCCGAAGUU